ACCCGCCCCGAACGCGAGUGGACGGGGAUAAGAUUCGACUACAUUGAUCCCAUGUCCACCGGAAAGGAAAUCUCCCUCCUCUCCACCAGCAAUGCCAUCGCCAGGGUCAUCGGUCAGGCGCCAGAACAAGCAAAUAUUUCUGUGGAAGAACCUGAAGAUCCAAUGGUAGACCUGAUUGGUCUGCAGAGGGCUGAUGGGUCCUGGGAUCUCCAACAAUCUCUGGCUUCAAUCCUUGGAAAACAGGAAGAGGAAGUGGUCAAAGCAUCACCUGGAAAGCCUGAGUUUUCUUCAGUCUGGGCCACAGUGUUGGCAGUUCUAUGGCUGCAUGGAUAUAAGGCUGAAUCCAGGGAUGAGUGGCAGUUUGUGGCUAAAAAAGCAAUGACCUGGGUCAGAGCUCAGUCAGGGUUUGAUUUAACAGAGUUUGUGGCAGCUGGAAACUUCUUCCUGGGCCUCCAGGUGAAACUGUAGACCCUUGGCUUGCGAGAGUGAACCGCUUCCUAAACACUCCCAUUGUUGGUGUCCAGCUACCGAAAAAGAAAGAAUGACCCUAGCUGUGAGAGUAUUAAUGUUUCAACAUUAAAUAUUCCAACUGCUCAAAUCCCCAAGCUUUUAGAAUCAGUUUGAUGCCUUGGCAUGUUCAUUAACGAUAGCCUUUAUUGCAGGGGCAAAAAAAAAAAAACAAUAAAUACU